UAGCUUCUAUUAGUAAGGCGGGGCUCUGUGACCUGAUGAGAGGAGGAGUGAGCGUGAUGUCAGCUGAACAAGGGAGAAGCCACGGGAAGCCCCCGGGACACAAUUCUCUACGUCCAAGGAUGUGAUGGAAGGUGUGAUGGAAAUGCCCUGAAUGAAAUUGAAGAUGAAGAAGUGCACAAAUAGGAGACAAGGAGGACAAGGAAGAACAAGAUGAUGAGGAGAAUGAGAGAGCUUGUUAUGUAGAGAAAGAUCCAGUACUUAAUAUGAAGAAGGGUAGGUACCAUCAAUGCCAAUUCACAAAGACAGGAUCCACGUCACAUGUCCUUUGGCUGUGGCGUCUGCAGAGUGAGGCUGUGCAAGACCACCUGUUUUGCAGUUUCACAAGUGACAUGGAUCGGAAUGUGGUGUAUUCUGUGUCUGUUUUAUGUUUAGUCACCUAUUGUAUACUGUAUGGCAAUGCAUGCAAAAAGUGUUAAAAUUCUGUACGUAGCAUCUGAUAUAAAAACCACCC